ACCGUAGGCCAUUGACCAAUAUCACAUUUGCAAAUAUACCAAAUCCAAAAUGACCGCCUUACCUUUGGUAUAAUAAUAAAUGCUGUAGUGGUACCGGUUUCUAAUCCAAUAAAAAAAUUAUACAGGCGAGACUCGAGUCGUUCAUGCAAAAACCGAUGAUUUACCACGAACAUAAGGACAAAAAUUCAAGUGUGAAACCGUGUUAAAUUCGGCUGCGCGGCGCCCACUACCCCACUUGUUCUUUCUUUUAGAACUUUUCAUAGAUAUGAGGUUGAAGCACAUGGUGGUAUGAUCAGAUCUGAAAUAGGAUUUUGGUUUCUGGAAUGUUAGGCUGUAAUUCCUUUAACUCGCUUUGGACGUCAGGCCCCAGUCCAUCCCCGAGAGGAAGAACGGACGGGGGUAGUGUCUUCAUUCGUAUAGGGUGGAUGGAGACGUGAAGUACAAUUAUAUGGUGGGGAACUGGGAUCUGAAAUAAGAGACCAGAUCUAGCGAGAGAGAGGAAGGGAGGGAGAGGGAGAUGUCUUCCGUGUGGAGAUCAGGGGCGUGCUUGAGAUGCUGCCUUCUGCUGGUGGUGGGCGUCUUGGUGCUUUGUGUGUCUGGGCCUGCACUUCUAUGGAGGCUUAAGAAGGGUUUGGCAGUUGCCAGGAGUGCCGGGGGAUGCCCUCCCUGCGUCUGUGACUGCCCUCCUCCUGAAUCACUCCUCAAGAUUGCGCCAGGGCUGGUGAACCUUUCAAUUACAGAUUGUGGGAAGCAUGAUCCUGAGCUGAAGAAAGAAAUGGAGAAGCAAUUUGUGGAUCUUGUGUCGGAGGAAUUGAAACUUCACGCUGCUGUUUCUGAGGAACAUAAACAUCACAUGAACCUCACACUUGUAGAGGCUAGAAGGGUGGCAACAGAAUACCAAAGAGAAGCAGAAAAGUGCAAUACAGCUACUGAAACCUGCGAGGAAGCCAGGGAACGAUCCGAGGCAUCAUUAAUAAAGGAAAGGAAAAUAACAGCCUUAUGGGAGAAAAGAGCUCGUCAGCUGGGCUGGGAAGGCGAGUAACUGGAGAGGUGGAUUUCCUGCAUUUUACUGUUCUUCCAAGUUUCCUUCAUGAAGGUGGGGGAGGGAACUGUAUAUGCUUCAGAUGUUCUAUCUAAGCUUUCUCGUCUGAUAGGUGUAGUUAAUGUCCCUUCUCCAUGUUUCUGCAACCUUUCGAAGACGGGAGAAGGUAAAAGGAAAAGGAAGAGGAGAAGAAGAUCUGUUGAUGUUGAUAAACUAGGGGAAUGUCGAGUCAAUUAUGUCUUACAUAGUGUGGUCGAAAAAGGAGAGCACGGUAGCCUUCUAUGGUUAAUGUCAAGUAGAAACAUCUCUCAGUUGAUUAGGGAGGCAAACUAUAAGCUUGUCUUCCAUUUUUUGGAAAGAAAGAAAUUGCAUAUCA